AUGGCUAGUGUGCACUCCUGGGCGGCCCUUCCUCCUUCUUCUCCGGUCUCUCCUUCAAGCUCUUCGGCAUCAUUUCUGAACAUCACCUCGCCCCUUCCUUCGCCCGUGCCAGACUCGCAUGCCACACCUCUCGUAGUGGAAUCAGACUCAGACUCAGGCCCGGAAGAUCUUACGGGGGUGGGCAGUCCUGCACCCGGUGCAUCAACGGAUACACUCAGCACGAAACCUGAAGAGGAAUUGUCUGAAGUCCAGCUUAGGGGGCUCUAUGAUGAUGAGGAGAUAGAGAGAUUCCUCCACUUGUUCUCUACGUAUAUCCGCGAAGUAAGGGUCGCAGAUCCUGCGAGCGCGUCGAAAUCGCAUCUUGCUAAAGCUGCAAGCACCUCUGCCCUCCCACUCUCCGAUACAACGACUGGUCCAGCAGGCGAGGUCCCGGUCAAGUCUCGUCCUCCAUCUGAACGGGAUGGCACACUAUCACAGCGUAUAGCUCUGGACUUCUUGCUUCCCCUACUUCCCCCAGCUCGACCGCCGCCACCCGGGUUCUCUCUUGGUAGGCUGAAGCAGAGCGCACAACGCUUAUAUGUUGCUAUCGAACCAUACUACUCUAUGGGCGCAAUCCCCCUGCUGAGAUUAGCGACCUGGCAAAACCCGACAAGGAGUUUUGCCUACUGCGCUUUGUAUUGGGUGCUCUGGUACCGGGGGUUGCUCCUAUCAGCCUUGAUGGCGCGUGUUUUGUACCACAUUGUCCGCUGGAAGAUGCACCCGUAUCCCACCUUGGAGGAGCUCCGCGACCAUCGUUCCCGAAUCGACCGCUCGCAAACCUUCGGCACCAUUCUCGCGACGCGUUUGGUUUCCAGUCCUGCGAUGGGCAUCAGGGACAUGUGGGGGCUCUUCGAUGACUAUCGCAACAUACGAAGGAUGAAGAGGAAGGCCAAGAAGGACUCGAAAGAGAAGAAUUCCCCGGAUCCCGAGGCACCGCCGAGUAUCUACGACGGCACUCGGUUGCAUGCCGCAGCCCACAGCACGACGGAUGUAAACGGAGAACGCUCAGAGCAAGAGAUCAUGGAGGAGGCCGACCUGGCACGCUUAGGCUUGUUCCUCUUGAACGAGGCGAGUGACUUGCUUGAACGAGUCAAGAAUAUCUUUUUGUGGCGUGAGCCAAGCGCCUCGGUGUAUUACAGCCUGCUUCUCGUCAGCUGGCUGUUCUUAGGUCUGCUGCCCGCUCAGUAUCUAGUGAAGUCGAUCGGGUUCGUGGUGGGGGUAUGUUUCUGGCAUGCUGUGCCGGUUCUCGGCGCGAUUCCUCCCAGUGAACGCAGCAGGUUCCCGUCUCCUCUUUGGAUAGUGCCCACAGACACGGAGUACGCAAUGGAGCUCAUCUCUCAGAGGGUGGCGCGCGGGCUUCCAGUCAAGGCGAGGCGUCGGCGCGGGGACCAGGCCAAGUCGGCAGCACCGGACACGGCCGGCAUACGGUCGUUUGGCACGGACGGCGAGGGCGAGCACGCGAGCACGUCGUCGGUCGACUGGAACAAAUGGGGGGACCGGAUCUCGGACACGAAAGAGCGCGCGGGCGAGCUGAAGCAGAUCUUGCGCGAUGGACAGUGGAAGCAGGCCGAGAGCUGGAAGGCGCUCAAUCCGCUGCAACCCAGGGUGGCGGCGCCCCAGCUCGGGACCCAGCCGCGCGUGGAGACACAGACCUUCCCCGCCCAGCUGAAGAAGAGCCCGGGGCUGAUCACGAUGACGGAGGUCGCGAUCUGCUUCACGCCCCUCAUGUCGUCCCACGCCACGCUCGCCGUCCAGCUCGCCGACAUCACCGCCGUGAAGAAGACGACGCUCACGAACGGCAUCGGGCUGCACUACAUGGACGAGCGCCCCGACGGCACCCGCGAGGAGAAGGAGGCCACCUUCAUGUUUGUCGGCGGGCGCAGCGAGCUCUUUGCCCGGCUCGUCUCUUGGGGCGGUGGAGGAAAGUGGACGAAGAUCUAG